CGUACCUGGUGGCUCGCUUACCCGCCUCACCGCUUCAUUCUUGUGUCGAUAUUAGUUUACUGUUGUUCUAUCGCCUAAGAUAAAACCCGAGGGUUUCCACGCUGGUGACAAUGUCAAAUGGUGUACAAUUGUUGAAUAACAAUCAGUCACAGCAGAAAGGCUGCACUGCUGCAGCAUCGGAGGGGAGGCAAACUAAAAUGGGGAUUGAGAAGAUCAGUGUCACCAUGCCUUCGACCAAGAGGCCAGCUGAGCCCAUCGUUGAAGGUGCACCAGUAGCCAAAAAGCGUCACAAAAAUCCUCAACCAAAAAACGCAGUCUGUGCCCUGAAUGAAUUAAAAACUGGUGCAGUGUACAAAGUCGUAUCCCAGACAGGUCCAACCCACGCGCCCAUAUUCACAAUAGCCGUGCAAAUUGAUGGACAAACGUACGAGGGAAAGGGUCGUACGAAAAAAAUGGCUAAACACGCAGCCGCUGAAUUAGCAUUGAGAAAUAUCGUGCAAUUUAGAAAUGCACCGGAGGUACACCAGGCAAUGAAUACAUGCCAGAAUGUACCAACACUAGAGCCUGAUUUUACGAGUGACGUUACAGAGAAGGAUAAUCACCUCGUUAAUGCAUUUAAGACACUGAGCCAAGAGCCUAAAAAUGCUGGAAAGUACAUUGACAAAGGCCCAGUGGCACUGAUUAACGAGCUCUAUCCAGGAGUGGUUUACACGUGUGUCUCAGACAGUGGUGAGAGUUACGCUAAAUUCACAAUAGCUGUGACAAUUGAUGGGGAAACGUUCGAGGGGACUGGACCGAGUAAAAAAUUAGCCAAAGCUGCUGCUAGCAAAGCGGCACUCGCUAAAUUGAGAAAUGUACACAGUUCAACAUUUUGCAUGGCGCUCACUGGUCUACCAGUGCGAAUGCCAAAUUUUCCAAAUCUGGGACAGCCGCAUGAGCAGAUGAGUUUGCCGCAAAUGUUGGCUGAUAAAAUUGGGAAAAUGGUUAAUCAGAAAUUUACGGAGCUUAUGCAGAGUAAACCCCAGCACGCCAGGCGCAAGGUUUUGGCUGGAAUUGUACAGACUAAGGGACAGGAGGCUGAAUUAAUCUGCGUUACUACAGGCACAAAAUGUGUAUCCGGUGAACAUCUGAGUGUAACCGGUGGAGCCCUGAACGACUGUCACGCUGAGGUAGUGGCUCGUCGAUGCCUCUGCGAAUAUCUCUACAAGCAAUUAGCCCUUUACACUGAGAACCGCGCUGACGAAUCCAUCCUGGAGCCCGUAAAAAAGGGGUACAGAGUCAAGCCAGGCAUACAAUUUCAUUUGUACAUAAACACAGCCCCUUGUGGGGAUGCCAGAAUUUUCUCACCCCACGAGGAGAACGAGUCUGUUGACAAGCAUCCAAAUAGGCGUGCCAGGGGACAGCUCAGAACGAAAAUUGAGUCUGGUGAGGGGACUAUUCCAGUCAAGAGCAGCGAGGGAAUUCAAACUUGGGAUGGCGUUCUCAUGGGUCAGAGACUGCUGACGAUGUCGUGUUCGGAUAAAAUAGCUCGAUGGAACGUACUAGGUGUGCAAGGUGCACUCCUCAGCCACUUCAUCGAGCCUAUUUACUUCCACAGCAUCGUUCUUGGCAGUCUGUUAAAUCCAAGCCACAUGUAUCGGGCCGUAUGCGGAAGAAUUGAGAAUACAAUACAGGGCCUACCACCACCAUAUCGAUUGAACAAGCCACUGAUGAGCCUCAUAACGUCUUCCGAAGUCAGGCAGCCGGGAAAGGCGCCGAACUACAGUGUCAAUUGGACAGUUGGUCAAGCCGAGGCGGAGGUAAUAAAUUGCACAACUGGCAAGGAUGAACUUGGAAAACCAUCGCGUAUAUCCAAGCAAGGAUUGUUUCGUAUGUUCUUCAAUCUUCUCGGUAAACUCAGCACCAUUGACGAUGUCGAUCGCGAUGUCUGUCGUCAAUAUCUCGACGCUAAAUCGUCAAUCCAGGAUUACUCGCUUGCUAAACGCCAACUCAAGGAGGCAUUUGUACGUGCCCAACUUGGAAACUGGGUGAAGAAACCUAUUGAACAGGACAUGUUCGAAGUUGACAUCUGACUAGUUGAAGGAAACGUAAGGUCCAGCAUUGUUAUCGAACGCAAAGAUGAUUAUCUCGUUCCUAGCGUAAAUUAGAUCGCUCGUACUGCGUGUCAUGGUGCGGCAGAGUUUGGCAUCAGUAAAGCAUAAGUCGUAGGAACUCGAUUACUCCGUUUUUCUUUUUAUUUUUAAUUUUUUUCAAAAAGUUUGAAUGAGGUUCCACUGAGGUUUUUAAUAAGGGACAAGUUUAAUCUUUGAUAUGCAUAAUGUUCGGGUCCUGCACUCGUUGGUUCCAUUCGCUGAUAACUAUUCUCUCCAAUUAUGAAUCAACUGACUCGAGAUGUUUUUUUCUUCUGUAGAAAAAUAUUUUUUUAUCGCUUUAUUUUGUAUUCAUUUAUUCGUUACAAAGCAAAUUUAGCUGAAGUUUCUUUCAGGGUGUGAGACUAGGGAGAGAUUUAAAUGACGUUUAUUUUCGUUUCUUUUCUAUUUUUCUGCUUCGUUCAGAAUGAACGAGUCGACGAUAGACUUAGUGUCGUGGAUGAUCACGUAAAUUUUCUAGUUCGAGUAUAAAAACAACUUUAUAGACUGUUUAGAGGAGUAAGGCAUUCAUAACUAUUGAAUUGGAGAUCACAGAGCGCACAUUCGUAGAAAAAAUUAAUUUUAUUACGAUGUUUUUCUCUUGGAGCAAGUGUUGCAUAGUUGGUGACAUUUCAAAUAAAUAGGAUCUUACGGUGAAUAUCAAGUAUUUCUUUUGAGAUACAUUCACUUUUCUACACUUGACAGAAUUUCUAGUGGAGAAAAUUUCUACUUUAAUGAACUGAUGAAAAUUUGUGUCUAGGAGAUAAAUACUUCAAUGAGUAAAUUGAAUAUUGUUUCGUCGAAUGAAGACAAUCAUUAAAUAGAGCUUUUCGUAUGUCACAUUGAACGGAAUUUGGAAAUCCAAAUUUGGGUAGAAUUGCCGUCAUCUUUGCUUUUGUUAUUGUAAAUUGACCAUUUUUCAAUUAUAAUUUACUUGGAACGACUGACGGCCGCGUUAAUUGAUAUAAUAACGUAUCAAGUCCUAAGAAUAAUUAUCAUUUUUAUUAAAACGAAGGAUUUCCGGAGACAGAAAAAUUUACGUCAGAUCAAAUAUUCUCGUUACUCCGAAAAAUGGAAUGAACUUGAAUUCCAGAGAAGUUCUACUUCUCCCAAUUAACUGAAUCUCAAUAAUAAAUAAUUAAUAUUCACUGCAAAAUGAUGUGAACUUGAAAAUUACCAACCAAAUAGCAGUUAGUUCAACUGAAAUUGACUUGGAAAAAUUAAUUUUUUCCGCAAGUGCAGUGUGGAGAUCGCAUAGCGGCCUUAGGAUAUAAUUUUCACUAUCAAUUAGAUUCAAGAGUUAUCGCAGCAGAUGAAUGACGAUUGCACAUAUCCACUGAAAAACUAGGUUCUAACUGAAACCCCCACCCACAAUUUCCACUUAUUUCUGAACUAGAUUACUCCACACUUGAUCGUACAUAGAUCUCUACCAUGAAACAAUGAUUUCAUGUAUCUCUAAGUCAUUCAAGAAUAUCAUUCUCCUAAGGAUCAUUUAGGAAUUUCAGCGCUCGUAGGUGGAACAGACAAUUACGUCGCCACACGUUCGCAUCCCUUGAAGGCUGUGACCUCGGAAAAUAAAUAUGGCGAUCGAUUACAGAGAAGCCAUUGUAUCGAGAACAAAGAAAUAUCACUGACAAAUAAUGAUUGAUAUGACUCGGAGUAAUAAUCCAAGUGAUUUAUCUUUGUUCGAGGACAGGUAACUCCGAUCGCCACUAGAUUUUACAAUUUUGCGUUACAUACGUGUGCCAGUGAAUCACUAAAAGUGAAUGAGCGAAUAAUGUGUGUAAGUGGAUUAAUCGACAAGUAUACGCCCCCAGAGUAUCCUAAGAUCAUUGCCUCACUGUGUCACUUACUAUUGUUUGGACUAUUAAAUUUUAAUUACGAGAAAUCAUGCAACUCUGCCGUUAGUGACACACUGCCCGAUGCCGAUCCAGUUUAGCGCUAGUGAACUGUAGUGUUAUUCAUCCCUUUUAUUCAUUAUAUUUACAUCAGACUUUGAACUAAUUUUUCUUUAAUUAUCGUGACAAGUUGGACAGACGGAAUUCAUCGUUUUUUUCCCAGUAAUUGACUUUUUUAAAAAUAAUAAAAAUGAGUGAAUAAAAGGGACAUUGCAGUCGCUGAUCGGCGCCAUAAUAACAAGAUACAUAAUACACUGUUCAUUUUACGUUGUAAUAGAAGUGAAAUUUAUAAUUUCAUUGAAACUCAAAUGUAACCUUUCAUUGUAAAUACCUGCUUAUAAUCAGUACUCCCACGAAUGAAAGAUUUGAGUGUAGAAUUAAUGAUUAAUCGUAAACUCUUUGCUUAAUAAAUGAUACCAAUGGGUAUCUGUGCCAAUACAUAGGGUAAUUGGAAGAUAAACUAGAAGAUACGACGCUGUUGCUCAGAGAACUAAAAAAAAUAUGAGUGUGAAAUUGAUGGUAAUUGUAAAAGCAACACGACAGUAUUGGAAAAUAGUAUUCUUUGCCUUCUCAUUCGCUUCCAGUAAACGAUCUCCAUAUGUGGUAACACCCACAGCACCGUAUUUAAUAUUAGAAAAUAGUUUUUUUCACUAAUGAAGAACAACAAUUUGGCAGGACAAAAUUAAUAUUUUUCAUGUGGACAUGAUGGAGGGAAAUUUCGUUCAGAGUUUAUUGGAAAAUCAUAAAAUUACUUGGAAAUAAAGAGUGAAUACAGUGGCACAUGUUGAAGUGUAUUUCACCUUUGAUAAUAAUUAACGUAAUAACCAUUAUUCGCACCAAUCGGUUGAUCUAAUGGAAAUAUGAUAUAGCACUGCUCAAUUGACAGUAGCUCAAAUCCGUUGAUGAGAUAACAUAAUUACUUAUAAUUAAUACUCAAUGAUAAUUGAUUCACACAAGUAAUAAUAUUAAAGUGAAAUUAAUUAAAUUAGUUGUAUAGAACAAAUUGCUAUUCUCUGUCGUCCCCUUUUGGGAGGCAAUUUUAAUCGCUAAUUAAGCAAUAAAUGAGGAUUUUCAAUGAAUUCAUUGUCUACGAUAAUAGAGUGAUAAUUGAAAUUAACAGAAACACGGUACAUCGAGAUUCAAUCAGCGUUCUAGGCAACAAGCUAGAUUUUAAGCUUUUGAAUAGUGCCUAUAGUUUAACAACAACCAUUUUAAAUCGACGAAUUAUCCUAGCCUGCUAUCAUUGAAGACUUACCAAUAAAACCGUUAUUUAAUAGUA